GGUGGAUGCCUGAUCGGCUGUAUGGCAGAGAGAAAUACAAUCACGCACUCGUUGGGAACACGGAUGAAUUAUGGAGGAUUCAUUGUCUCCAGGACUUCAAGGAAGAAAAGCCACAGGCGCACGAGUCUUGGAGGGAGCUGUACCUGCGGCUUCGGGACUCCCGAGAGCAGCGGCUGCGACUAGUCACCACGAAGAUCCGAACUGCACAUGAAAACAAACCCAGCGGAAGACAGACAAAGAUGAUCUGUUUCAACUCUGUGGCCAAGACGCCUUCUGAUGCUUCAAGGAGGCAAGAGAAGUCUGCAGGAGCCGCUGACCCCGGAAAGGGAGAGAUCAAGCCAGCCCCCAAACCCGCGGGAAGCAGCCAGGUUCCCUCCAGCCGGGGCGGCGUGGGCGGUGGCGAUAGGGGCGGUGGCGGCCUCAGCAAUGAGCGCCCGGCGCCCGCCGCCAAACCCCGGAAACAGGCUGCCAAGAAAGUGGCCCCGCUGAUGGCCAAGGCAAUUCGAGACUACAAGAGGAGAUUCUCCGGACGAUAA